AUGGCAGCUUUCAACCUCACCCUGUCUGACCCUUCAAUAUUCAACCUAACAGGAAUCCCUGGCUUGGAAGCUACCCACUUCUGGAUUUCUAUCUCUUUCUCUAUGUUCUACAUUAUCAGCCUGUUGGGAAAUGUCACAGUUCUAUCUGUUGUAGGCAAGGAGCAGAGCCUGCACAAGCCUAUUUACCUGCUGCUCUGCAUGUUGGCGCUCACAGACAUUGGCAUCUCUACCUCUGUUAUACAGAAGUCACUGUGUAUAUUUUUGUUCAAUUUGAAAGGAAUUACUGUGGAUGGCUGUCUCACCCAGAUGUUCUUCCUUUAUGCAGUUUCUGUUAUGAAGUCAGCUGUCCUUGUGAUAAUGGCCUUCGAUUGCUACAUUGCCAUCUGUAACCCUCUGAGAUACACCACCAUCCUCACCAACACACGAAUAGCUAAGCUAGGGCUAGUGGGUUUGAUAAGAGCUGUUCUCUUCAUUCUGCCCCUGCCCCUGCUUCUGAAGAGGCAGCCUUUCUGCACCAGCUGCAUUAUCCCCCACACAUACUGUGACCACAUAGCUGUGGCGAAGAUAUCUUGUGGGGACAUCACAGUCAACAGGACGUAUGGUUUGGUGAUAACAUUUGUAGUCAUCGGGUUAGACCUGAUGCUCAUUGCCCUGUCCUGCAGUUUGGUCAUCAGGGCUGUUCUCAGAAUCUCCUCCAAGAAAGCCCAUCAGAAAGCUCUCAACACCUGCACAGCCCACAUCUGUGUGAUACUGACGUCUUAUGCUUCCUGCCUCUUCUCUAACCUGACACACCGAUUCAGUCAGGGCAUCGCUUCCAACGUGCACAUCAUCUUGGCCAACCUCUAUUUCCUCAUCCCCCCCAUGCUCAACCCUAUUAUUUAUGGGGUCAAAACAAAAGAGCUUCGUGACAAAGUGGGCAAAUACAUCUGCAGAGUAUGA